AUGGCCUCUCAAGCAGCGACCGAGCCUCUGCUCCCGAAGACAUUCACCGAUGGUCUCCCGGUGCCGAAAAUGCUCGUCUUCGACCUCGACUACACGCUAUGGCCAUUCUGGAUCGAUACUCACGUCCAGCCUCCCAUCCGAGCGACCGUACCCGGCGGGUUCGAGAUCCGCGAUCGGAGCGGCCGCGACCUCGCCUUCUAUCCCGAGGUUCCGGGCAUCCUCCGCGCCCUACAGGACAAGAGCGUCGUGGUCGGCGCGGCGUCUCGGACGAGUGCGCCGACUUUGGCACGAAGGUUGCUCGGUCUCCUACAAAUCCCAGGACCGACGAGCGAGCGGGACGGAGCGGGCGAUGCAUCGUCUUUCUUCGACCACAUGGAAAUCUACCCGGGAAACAAGAUCGCGCAUUUCAAGCAGCUGCAGAAGAAAACCGGCUUGGCCUACGAGGAGAUGCUCUUCUUCGACGACGAGAGCCGCAACAAGAACGUGGAGGAGUUGGGCGUCGUCAUGUACCUCGUGCAGGCCGGCGUGUCGCGGAGCGAAAUCGAUGCGGGCAUCCUCAGCUGGAGGAGGAGAAAUGGCCGUACGAAGAGGGAGGGCUAG